AUGAGCACAGCACAACCGAUUGAUCGGCUCACCCUCGAGACUAUGUCUGGUCCUCCGGACGCCAACGCUAAUACCAACGCCAACGCGAACAGUGGUACCGGCAACAAUAACUCGCGCCCCAGACACAGACGGGGCCGUGGCAACCGCGGCCACCGACACAACAACCAGACGCAGGCCCAAGCCCCGUCGGCUCCAGCUCCGGAUACACAAGCGCAAGCAUCGCAAACGCCUCCUGUUUCGUCCGGUGAUAACUCAACGGCGAAUAACCUCGAUGCAGCUCCGCGUCAACGGAGGGGUCCGAGAGGUGGGGGUAGAGGGGCAGGACGAGGUGGACCCCGUUCGGAUGGCGGCGGCGGUAGUGGUCGAAGACGACAUGGAAGGGGAAGAGGUGAUGCGGGCCAUGGACCUCGACGGGUUGGAAUUGGUGGACGGACGUUCGAGGGACGAUUGACGAGACCUGAGGGUGAAAAUGCGGAGGAUGCGGAUAAUGCAAAUGACCAGGGAUUGGGGGCCGAUGCGCCUACCUUUGUGCCUGGAGGACCGCCGAGCGGUGAAGGAUCGUCUUCUGCCGCUACAUCUUCUAAAGAUCGCGAGCCGAAAGGAAAAUCGAAAGCGAAGAGCAAUCCCCCGCUGCCGCGACCGAAGGUCACUACGAAGUCUGCUGCUCCUGAUAUCGCCACCCGAAUUCAUGAGGACAUACUUCACAACCUCUACGAAUGUCCCAUUUGCACUAGCGAAUUGGGUCGGAGAUCGCGUAUCUGGUCCUGUGGGCUUUGCUGGACGGUUUUCCAUCUCAGCUGUGUGAAGAAGUGGUCGAAGAAUGAAGGUUCAGCAGCACAAGAUGCUGUGCGUCGACAACAGGAGGAGUCUACCGGAGAGACCAGCACACCUCGUGCUUGGCGCUGUCCCGGUUGCAAUCUUGCUCAGGAGGUAUUUCCUUCGUCCUACACAUGUUGGUGUGAAAAGGAAGUCGAUCCGCGUUCACUACCUGGUCUGCCUCCGCAUUCAUGUGGGCAGACCUGCUCGCGGGCUCGUAAGGGAUGCCCACACCCUUGCGAUUCGAUUUGCCACGCCGGUCCCUGCGCACCAUGUACGGCCAUGGGUCCAACGCAAGACUGUUUCUGUGGAAGGAAUUCAUCUACCAAGCGUUGCCAGGAUACCGACUACGAGAACGGAUGGAGCUGUGGUGAGAUCUGCGGCGACCUACUGCCCUGCGGAGAGCAUACUUGUUCCAGACCGUGCCACGAAGGUCUUUGCGGUGCUUGCGAUGUCAAGGUAGAAGCACGUUGCUAUUGUGGGAACGUGCAGACCGAGAUGCUGUGUAGUGCUAGGGAUGAAGAGAUGGAGAGCGAGAAGCUACGUGACGAUUCUGGUGAAGUUGAAAGCUGGGAAGGCUGCUUCAGUUGCGGAGAACUUUGCAACCGUCCUUUCGACUGCGGUGUUCACUUCUGCCAGAAAAGUUGUCAUCCGCAAGAUUCGCAACCCGCACAUUGCCCAAGGUCACCUGAUGUUGUACUUGACUGUCCUUGUGGAAAGACGCCGUUGAAGGAUAUACCCGGAUAUUCCCCGCGGACGUCCUGCGAGGACCCCAUUCCGCACUGUCUUGAAGCGUGUGGUAAGACUCUGCCAUGUGGACAUCCAUGUGAGAAACUCUGUCACACCGGUCCAUGUGGUGCUUGUAUGCUUCGGGUUCCGAUCUCGUGUCGCUGUGGUCGUAAUACCAUGAUUACGGUUUGUCAUCAAGGUACUAUGGAGCAACCGCAGUGUUUCCGUCAAUGCAAAGCAGGCUUGCACUGUGGUCGACACUCGUGUGCUGAGCGAUGCUGUCCCGGAGAGCAAAAGGCCCUUGAGCGACAGGCCAUGCGGCGGAAGCUGAGGUCGCACCUCCGCCCGAGCGACGAAGACGUGGAGGCAGAACAUAUCUGUACACGAGUUUGUGGUCGGACGCUGAAAUGCGGAAGACACACGUGUCCGGAGAUCUGCCAUAAGGGGGCGUGCAACACCUGCAGGGAGGCGAUUUUCGAAGAGAUCCCGUGUAACUGCGGACGAUCUAUCUUGCACCCGCCAUUGCCCUGUGGGACGCAGCCGCCAUCGUGUUCGUUCCCCUGCGAACGACCCAAACCCUGCGGCCACCCCCAGACACAGCACAAUUGUCACACAGACGACGAAAAUUGCCCUAAGUGUCCGUUCUUGACCGAGAAAAUGUGUUUGUGCGGCAAGCGGACGAUGAAGAAUCAGCCUUGCUGGUUGGUGGAUGUUCGAUGCGGUCAAAUUUGCAACGAACCGCUCAAGUGCGGCUCGCACUCGUGCCAGAAGAACUGCCAUCGACCUGGUGAUUGCGAGGAUUCGACUCGACCUUGUCAGCAGGCAUGUGGAAAGCGCAAGACGCUAUGUGGUCAUCCAUGUACAGACGCUUGUCAUGCACCUUUUGCUUGUCCUGAGAAGACACCCUGCUCGGCCACGAUCACGGUAACAUGUGGUUGUGGUCGACUCCGUCAGGAGCGGCGCUGCAAUGCAGCGAAGGCAGUGGCUUCGAAGGGACAGGUACAGCAACCACAGCGAUUGCCUGCAUUGACGCCGCUUAGCUGCGACGAGGAAUGUUCACGUCUGGAACGGAAUCGCUCUCUAGCAUCCGCGCUAGGAAUCGAAAUCAACCAGUCUACCACCCUCGCGCAAAACGGCGGUGCCGCCCUCCCGUACUCGUCGGAAACCCUCGACAUGUACAUCCAACUUUCUUCCUCAGCGCCGCUAGCUACCCUCCAAAACUACGAAUCGACUCUACACUCUCUAGCAGCAUCAGUCAGCCCCACAGACCGCUCCGUCCGCUUUCAACCCGCCAAGCCCUCUCUCCGGGCAUUCACCCACUCCCUCGCAGCGGACUGGGGCUUUGCUACUGAGAGCUUCGACCCAGAGCCACACAGGCACGUUUUCGUUCUGAAGCCGGCAUCGUGGAACCCCCCGAUCUUCGGACUCGGUAACGGAUCGGUCAUCGGAAUCGGCGGCAUGAGCGUUGGCGAAUGCGUCAAGCUCCGCGAACGCCAGAGACUGAAAGAGCGUGAGGCACAGCGUGUCGCGGCGGCAGAGGCGAAGGCGUCGCGAGAAGCUGCCAAGGCACAAGCUCAAGGCAACGUGGAUGGCGGUGGUUGGGCGCAGGUUGCUGCUUCGCGGAAGAGUAAUGCCAGUGGUUCACCGUCUACUCUGCCUCAAAAGACGACGUUCUCGUCGGGGUCGUAUGCUGCGCUUGCUGGUGGUGAUUUUGGUGUUGGUGCGGAUGCGAGAGCGGGUGGUGGUGCAAAGAAGGAACGACUUGUUUUGCGCUCUGGUGUUGGUACUGGGAAGCAGUUGCAGAGUAAGGUUCAAGAACCUGUUGCUGAUAGCUGGGAAGAGGAAGAAGAAAAAGAAGAGGAACAGGAGAGGAAGCUUGAAGACCCGGACGGUGUGGGUCACGCUGAUGGCACGCAGAAGCAAGAAACGGAAGUCGAUGCUGAGCGGGAGGAUAAUGAGGUUGAAGUUGCGGCUUCAAAGUGA